AUGAAUUUUGGCUUCAACUUUUAACUUUCAACUUCUCUAUCACCAUCACCAUCUUUUGAUAUAAUGUUGGUCUUACCACGCCAAUGACACGACUCUCUAUAUGCUUGAUGAGAUAUGCCAGACCUUUCGCUAUUAUGCACACAUAGGUGCAAUUUAAGAGCGGAAGCUCCUGAGCUAAUGGGCUACAACAUCGAUUCUCCCCAAUCUCCCUCAUAGCAGCAUGACUGUCUCACAUGUAGUAGCUUCGGCAAAGUCAGCUACUAAACAAAGCUCAAUAUGGGUUUCCAAACCAGACUGGAAUCAAACGCUCUCGCGACUGACUAGUUCAAGGCGGCAACGCUACCCUAAACUUCGACUGUCGCCUAGUCGCAUAGUGGCCCUGCGUCUCCGAACCAGAACCGAUAGGCAGGAGAAACUAUAUGGGAAAGCCUUCGAACUCGCCGCCAAGCUGCGCGCUGAUCGGCUCCCACUAGUGAUGCUUCAGACGUGGAUGGCUAGAGAGGAUACUCAUAAUGAUUCUCGUGUCAGUCUGUUUAUUAACUCUAUCAGUCCUUCUGAUUGGGCCGAUCGUUUUCACAUCCUAAAAACUAAGGGAUGGUCUAAGGAAGAUAUAGAUCAAUGGAUUUGGAUAUUAUCUGGGGAAGAUGGAGACGAUCAAGUUCAACGAUUGGCUUCGACCAAAAGACCAACACCUAUAUUCCUAGUCUCGAUCCUGUCGCGCAGCGACGCCAGAAUCCACAAGGCUGAGACCUUGUUAUCUCUCAUGGUAUAUGCGUCCAGACGCCACUUUCAUAUCAACAUCCAAUUACCAAAUCACACGCUGGAUCUCCGAAAUCCUAAAAUGGUCAUGACAGUGACUCAGUUUCUCUUAUUCCUUCGCCGUCUUGUCAAACAUGUUCAACGAUUAUGGCCGAGGUCAAUUGUCACACUAGCCCGACUUACGGCCAAGUACAUUCAAAGGAUGCCAUCGAAUGUGGACGCCAAUAAUUUCCACGAGAAGUGUAGAAUUUUCAAUACAGCAAUACAGCUAUUCAAAAAGCCAGCAGUCAUCCAACCAGUUACCAAUAUGGAAUACAAUUGGAGAGCGCAAAAAUUCUUACUUGCGAUGUCGGACAAUCUGGAGAAGCCUCUUAUAAUUAACAAAGCCAGCUACCGCGCUAUUCGAGAAGUCAUGAUCGGGUUAAAAAAGUCAAAGACGGAGAAAGCGGUAGCUUUAAGAUAUACGAAAUCCUGGCCCCCAUACCGACAGGAUUUUGACGGCCUUGAUGCGAAAAGGACGGCUGACGAUGACUACUCGCGCAGCGUGAGGGCCGGAAUUCUUAUGAGGGAAGCUGGAUAUCCUGACGAUGACUACGAUAAAGCUCUAGAUGCUCUUGGUGGUAUGGGUGCUGGUUCCCCCACUGUACAAACCCGCGGUCUCCCGCCCAAAGAACAAAAAGGUGAUGACGAAGCCCAAAAUUUCUUAACUCGUUGGGCCGCCACGAUACGAGCAACUCGUAAUAGUCAAGAAGCAUGGAAAGUUUUUAACGAGUUUAAUUCCCAGACGAGCGAAUCUCCAAACGCCCAAGUUUAUGCAGAGAUGUUCAUCAAAUUGCAUGCUCCUCUUAUUCACCGAGAAUCAACUGUGUUACCUGGUGAUGCUCGAGAAGCGUUCCCUAUCUAUGACGCUAAUUAUACCGAAUAUGAGUUGGCUAGGCUGUCGCCCCCCUCAGUUAGUGAGCUCUACGAUCGGAUGGUCAACCACGGUGUAAAGCCGGAGGGUCAGUGCCUUCACACGCUAUUGACCAAUGCUGGCUCUCUCGGGGAGGCAACUCGCUAUCUUCAUGACAGCGGGCUCGAUCCGGUUAGCAUUAGUGCAUUAGCCCUCUUCAAAAGAGCUCAUUACGAAGUCCUUCGGAAGAUCCCUCUCUUGGUUUUCCGGAGCUAUAUCCAACUUCUCUGCAAGUUGCAACCCCAUUGCCGAAACAAAGAACAAGUACCCUUAAAUGAGCUUUAUCUCAUCCGCCACGCUAUCAAUCUGUGUAGCUUGCGACUAAGAGUGGAGACUACUGAGGGAUCUAGUUUCGGAUCGCCUUGGUCUAUCAUCCUCAGGGCACUAGCCCGGCCGCAUCUUUGUGUCAUGAAUGGCACUCAAGCUGAUAAUGAUGUCCAAGCUCUAUCUAUAUCUAUGGAUGUAAUCCAACUGGCGCAAGACAGAACGGUGAUAAACCCGGAUAUGUUCCUAUAUCUCUGUCGUGCUGCUCAAAAGGCUGCAGCCUCUCAACUUGGGUCUCGGGAAGCAUCAUUAGACGUCGGCAAAAAGGAGGUUUCCCCAGUUUCACUACUUGAAACAAUCUCGCAAACUCUCAAGACGAUAUUUGCCCAGCUUAGAAAACCUGUCGAUACGAUAAGCUCAGAAUGUGAGGAUCUCGAAGUGCCCAGAUUUAUGCAUAACAUAGAGCCCGUGCACUUACAUACGUAUAUGCGCACUUUAGCCUUCCUCGACGACACCGAAGCAAUGAAAGAAUUGCUAAGAUGGAUGCUUAGGAAUAAGACGUAUAUCGAUGAGGAGGCUGAACGAGUAGGUACCCGUGGCCAGGCAUUGGUAGUGAGGACUCUCUGCGCCUUUCAGGCAUUUGCCGGCUCACGUCUCAGCCACGAUGAAGAAAUGGAUAUUAUAUCCCAUAUAGGAGACGUCGAGAGUAUUGCGGGUAGCUGGAGAUGGCCAACUCCAGAAGAUGUCGACAAUUACGUACAGUCUGACCGGCGCGGACAUUCCCAACGACUUCAGCAGAGGAUUGCGGGCAAAGCGUUCCUUGCAUCUCAGCAAGAAAGUGAAAACAAUGGAAUUGGAACAGUAGCAGCUUAAAUAAAUGUAUACUUUCGAUACAGAAAUACUCCUAUAUUUAUAUAAAAAGAAUAAAACUUUUCGAAUAAUCAUAUCGGGCUACCUGCAUUCGCAAAUUCUCGACGGCCAUAUGUCUCGGUUCUGAUCCGGAUUUCGCUUAUGUAAGAUGCGGGAGCUUCCCUGGCCCCGGCGCC